AUGGCGCGGGACAUGAGCUUCGGCCUGGGCAACGGCGGUGGCCCUGGCAGCUCGAGCAACAUCCGCGUCUCCGUGCGCUGGUACGAAAACACCAUAUUUGGCGGUGACGACGUGCGGUGCCGCAUCACCUUUGCGAAUGUGGCGUCGCAGCCUCAGCAGCCGCCGCCGCCUCCACAGCAGCUUCAACCGGCUUCGUCCUCGUCCUCUCGCCCCCCGUCAAACAGCUACCACCCUGAGCGUGCACGACUUCCAUCCUCGUCUUCACAAACACUGGCUCCGCCAGCUCCCAUGGGCCGCGGCCACCACCGCGCAAGCCAUUCUCUUAGCGGGCCGGCCACGGGCGUCGUCAUUCCAUCUGCAUCGUCGACAUCCGCAUCCGCUGCCGCAGCCGCGUCGCGCCGACGAGCUGACUCGAUUCCUUGGGCACCCAACGGCAGUGCUGCGAGCAAUGGAGGCAGCAGCAAUGCCAGCGUCAACGGAAACAAUGGGGCAGGAAACGGCGGUAGUUCCAGUAGCCAAGGCCAAGGCCAAGGCCACGGCCAUGGCAACCACCGCCGCUCACUUUCGAUUGUCUCUUUAUCCUCCGCCGGCGCCUCAGACGGCCCAUCUCGGUCGCCCACUGGACCACCGCAGCAUCCAUCGGGGCCAGUUGGCUCGCAGCACCGCCCUGUGCGUGGACAUUCGCGCGCCUCCAGCUUGCAGAUUGGGCCGAGAGGCUCGUACUAUGGCGGCGGACCCCGGUCAGCUAUCCGCGGCCGCCUGACAGGCUCGGCAACUAUGCCUAACACGCCGAGCGUCGGCGGUAUGACGCGUUCAUUGUCACGGUCACCAUCCGAUGGAUUCUCCGACUUCAAGUUCCCAAUGGCGCCCCCACCAACAAACCCAUCAAACCCGCAAGGUCCCAUUGACGGUCCGUUGCUGACCUCUCCCACGUCGAUGUCACCCAACGAUAAGCCCUUACCAGCGCUUCCAAUACGGUCGAGAGACGGAUCCAACAACCACGCCAGUCACAACGCCGUAGGUGCCCCGCCAACGCAGGUGCCGACCAUCUACGAGGGGCCUGCCACGCCGUCCGAGGCCCGCGUCCUUUCCACGACUAGCAUCGCGGGCACGCCGCGUAGUAGUGGCGAAUUCUACUCGCUGAGCAACCAUUCUACCGAGACGCUAGCUUCCGAGUACCUGUCCCAGCAACCCACACAUCCAGGAGCGCUACGGUCACAACCGGGCCGCCCACCGCACACACGGCAAAAGUCUUCCUCCAACCUACUCUCGCCGCAGACGCACGGCCAGCACCAGCAGCAGCUAUCGCAGCACCAAGGUCACCACCUGUCCCGCAGUCUAUCACAACGCGCGAGGACAUCUGCUGCCUCGGCAGCCGCCGCGGUUGCGCCAGAGACGCUGAUGAUGGGAUACGCACAAAUCGAGGGCUCGUUCACACUUGAUGGGUCUCUUGUCGAUCUGAGUCCCUUUGAGCAGGUGAAGCGCAAAGGCGUCGUUGGCGGCCAGGGCGGUGGUGUGGUCGGUCUCAAGAAUAAUAAACGGGACAGCGGCCUGCUUAGGGGCUUUGGCUGGGGCAGCUUGGCAACGUCCAUCGGCGAUCUCCUCGGCGCGGGUGAGCUUAGCACCAUCAAAGAGAUGCGCGACAAGGCAAGCUCCAAGUCUGUGCCGCUGCUUGCUACCCAACAAUCGGUGCUGUUCGCCGACCUGCAGCUGGCACCGGGCGAGAGCAAAACGUACGAAUACGUGUUCCAGUUGCCCAAGGGUCUACCGCCGUCGCAUCGCGGUAAGGUCAUGAAGAUCUCGUACUCGCUCGUGAUCGGCACACAGCGGCCUGGAACUGCCAAAGAACAACGUGUCACCUCAAUCGAUUUCCCGUUCCGUGUCCUCGGCAGCGUCAACGGCUACGGCGAAAUUCUGGGCCACAACUUAAUGAGCCCUUACUCACCCGAGACCAGCUCGAACUCUGCUACCGUCCGGACAGUCUCGGAGAAGGAGCUCAGCAGACCGUGGACACUGACACCGCCUGGGGCCCAGAAGCAGCAGCAGCUGCCGCCCCAGCAGUUGGCAACGCGGCGACGAAGGAGCUCGACCGCGGCCACAAUUACAGGACCCACCAUGAACGGAUUUAUGAUGUACGUCGAUGAGCUUCUGAAACAGCGAGAGGCCGAGGUGUUGGCAGCAAGCACGGACGGCAGUGCCAACGGAUUCUUUGGCGCGGUCGGCGCUGGCGGGGGUGAGCCGCGUAGCGGUCUCUUGUCGCCCACGGCCGUCCUACCCGGGUCGCGUCGUAUGUCGACAGCGUCGUCGAUAUUUUUGCCAGACGACAACGGUCGGCCGCUCCUGUCUCUAUCUUGUCGCGAAGCCAUUGAGCUCGCCAUUAUGCGCAGCAACCUCACUGACAGCAACCACUACGGCGGCGGCGGUCGCAAUGUGAGCGCCAACCGCUUUGACAUUUCCCGAAACAAGCUCAAAGUCGCCACGGUCAUGCUUGCCCGCCCGGCCUACCGCCUCGGCGAGACCAUCACAAUGGUGGUGGAUUUUUCCAAUGCCAAGAUCCGCUGCCACGCCGUGCAUGCGGCGCUCGAGACAAUCGAGAAGAUUGUGGACCCCAAGCUGGCGCUGCGGUCCGAGGCCAGCGUGCAGCGCGCGUCGCGCAGAGUGUACGCGUCGCUGUCAGAAGCCACGCUGUACUCGCGGCGCUUUGUCUUCACGGCGACCAUUCCCAGCAAUGCGACGCCCGAGUUCGAGACGACGGGUGUGGUGCUGGAAUGGAAGAUUCGCGUCGAGUUUGUUGUACCUGCCGACGACGAGACCGACCUCAACGGUCUUGCCAAUGGCAAUACCAGCGAGGACUUUUACGACUGGGACGAAGCGGAGUACGCGCACAACAACGAUGGCGACAUUGACGAGGACGACGAAGGUGAUGACACCGACGACGGCGACAAUGCCGAUGGCGAUGAAGAGAGGGCCAUCAACGACGGAUCGCAAACCAACCGCCCUGGGCAGCGCCGCCCGCGCCUGCGGCCAUCGCACAGCAGCACGCAGUCCCGGCAGCCUCGACCGCCUCGACAGCCUCGCGCGGCGCCCCCUCCGCCACCUAUGCUCGAGGAGAUCUCACAGGACGACCGUGGCGGGCUAGUGCUCGCAGCUGUCGAGACGCUGCGGUGCGAGAGCUUCGAAGCGGCCGUGCCCAUUCGCGUCUACGGCUGGAGCGGUGACUUUGGCGGCAACGGCGGCAGCGAGAACGAUACCCGCGAGAAGGCUGUCUAG